CCUGGGUAAGGAUAGUGCUUUUCAGAAGGUACUUUUUAUGGCUAGUAGGAAGAAAGGAACAACUGCUAACUAUGAUCCCUUUUAUACCCCAAGGCUGGGCAGCACACUACUAUUACUACUACUACUAAGCGUGGGCUCCUGUCGUCCCUCAAGAAGCAACCUCUGAUCUUCUGAUCUGUCGUGGCUCCCCAAGAAGUCGACAAUGUCAAAGGUGGAAACCAAACCCCUUAAAUUAAUCGAUCUUAAGUUGCUUACACAAACAAAUCAAGGGAACAAACAGCAAACAAAUCAAGGGAACAAACAAAUCAAGGGAACAAACGAUCACAUCCAUAGAGAUCAGCAAGCCAGAUGAGCCCUUUUUUGUUCAUACCUCCGGAUUGGGCUGCGCCAGAUGCUCCUGUAUACGCGGAUCCCGGGAAGUCGGAAGAAACCUAAGGCACUGUAAAUCAGUCAAUCAGUCAAUCAGUCAAUCAGUCAGUCAGUCAAUCAGUCAGUCAGUCAAUCAGUCAAUCAGUCAAUCAGUCAAUCAGUCAGCUAAUCAGUCAGCCAAUAGCUGAAUGGUGUUGCAUGCUGUUGCGUGUGCUUUGAUUUACAUGAUCGAUUUUGCAUGUACUCUAAGCAGAGCCAACCGCGGAGCAGAUUGCUGCGAUUCGCGCACGAAGAAAGAAGAUCAUGGAGGAAGCCCAAAAACGUGCAGAGGAAAGGCAUUUGCGCGCUUGUGUUAAGGCGGAAAACUAUUCCGCGACUUCUUUUAGUUUUACCAGACUGACGGUUAUAUAUUUGGCAGUCAGGAGGACGAGGACUGAUGUUGUAUCCGUUAGAAUUAGAAUAUUCCCUUCUUAAUACUGUACUCUGCAAACAUCCAGCAAAAGGUGAUGGAGGGUAGACGUGGUACGUACUACUUGCUUCAAAUUCAUAACCCUGAAAAUCGAAGAAGAGUGUUGGAAGGAGAAGUUUUUUAGACGAUGUUUUCUCUUUCCGAACUCGCUCCGAGCCCGCACGUCGUCUUUUCUCUAAUUUUCUCGACGACCAAAAGGAGAUGGACGAAUUGAAAGUCUUUCCUACGUCGAUUGGGCCUGAGGCUGCUAUCAAGAUCCCAGAGGAAGCAUCGGAUGAGGACAAAGCUACAAUGCAUUAAGGCCGCGGCCACCCUUGAAGCAGCGUCAAGAACUCUUUUUCUACUUGGCUCUUUUUUUUUUUUCCUCCCUCACUCCUCUUCUUGGAAUCCAUCAGUUAUCAAAGACGAUUUUUUGGGAGCACUUCUAAAUCCACAUACUUGAAAAAAAAGCUCUAAAUCCAGGGAGACAAUGACCAGAUGGCUUUGGAGCAGAAAGAAGCUGGGGAGCUGUUUUCUCUACUGGGAGAAUUAGCAGCGGAUUGGUAUGCCACUAUCCGCGCCAUGAAGGCAUUUGCGUGGACGAUAUUGCGCUAUAUUCUCUUAUGAACGGACGUUUUUUGUCAAGAACGCCAAGUAGCAGCUCUAUGUAGUAAUUAAUGUCUCUUAUUAAUAUUUGUAUGACAUUAGUUGAACGAGUUAAUUAAUUGUUUGAAAGGGCGGUGGCAUAUAGUCCUAACGCAAAAAAAAAAUCUUAGGUAGUGACGUUGAACUGCGACAGGGACACACAUAUGACAUCACGAAUGGAAGUUUUUUCUCCAUCUCUCUUGCAACAUCAUUGAUCUCUUCUUGGCAUCUAUCGUCCUUAUUUUGCUCUCGUUCAGAAUAUUCUCUGCAUAGAUGAAUAUUCCCGAAAGGGUGUAGCAGGUCUGUCUCCUUUUCUAAAAUUUUUCGAUGCUUUGCUGCAGAAUGUGAUUUCCGCGAGCAUUGCUGACCGUUUUGUUGCGUUGCCACUAGUGAAAGGGAAGGUGUACCAUGCUGGCUUAUCGGGGGGUGACGCAGCGAACGACGCAACGAUUUUUGAGCCCCUUGAAGAAGCGGCUGCUGACGAAGUGGUAAAAAAUUUGGUCGAGAAGUUUAAGGUUGCAAUCUUGGUUAUUUUAUCUGUUGUUCUAGAGAAGUCAAGUUCGGGGGAACAUCUCGAUGGAGGGGUGGGGGAACAGGAAUCUUGAGAAUAGAUUAUUCGAAAACUCAAAAUAACCGAGUUACUGACUGAAAUAAGGGAGGUAGCUUAAAAUAAAGGCUACUCUUCCUUCUCAUCAGUAUCUCGCUUAUUUUGAUCAGUUACUUGCUUAUUUCAGUUUUUCGAAUAAAACAAUUAACACAAACCGGUUAGCUUUUACCUCUAGCGUGUAGCUGCUCUUCCAGCAAACAAUUAUAGUAUACAUUUCUUGUUCAUCCUCGUAGUUGUAAAUAUGUAACCUUAUUCUACUUCCUCUUGCUGAGGGGGGACGACCAGGAACUUAGAGCGUGUCGUGGUCGUCACAAUUUUCUUCAAAGAGGCGUUGGAGUCUUCAACGUCAAGAGACGUUGGAAUCUUCUAACCACUGGCAGGAGAGCCCAGCAAAGCAGGAGCCGGAUGGUUAUUGGGGUUCAUUCGAUGGCCCAAAAGCAGACAACCAAGGAAGAUUAGUCUUAUGAGGGACCAGGAACUUGGAGGGUGUAAUAUUCACAGCAGCACUUUUCAUUUCACUGUCUCCUUCAUGUCACUGUCCCUGUCACUGUCUCCUUUAUUCCUUCUGUAGUUGAGCACUUUGCUUACAUAAAAGUACUGAAGUGCACGACUAAGACUUAAAAGUGUGACGUACGCUGUAAGUAGAGCUACGCUGAUGUAAGUAGAGCCACUACUACGAAGAAGUAAGAAGACGUAUCAUCCCUUUGACGUACACAUGUUUUCUGUAUCAUCCUGAAGACGUAUGAUCCUGCCGACUGCUGAGUCUGUGAUCUCGAGGCUCCCUUUCAUCGAUUACAUCAUCAUUAGACAUAGGCGAAAAAAGUAGGAAAAUUUGAAGCAUCACAAGAAUAUCAAAAACUGUACACUGUAAAAAGGUAUAAUCCUAGAGAUCUAGUACUACAGACGAGUCUGCAAAAAAGAGUUCUAAGCUCACAUCCUUUCGUAGAAUCUGUGUGGAACGGGGUCGAUUGCGAUUCGGAUGCUUGCAAAGAUAUCCGAUUAAGGCUGUAGCUAAUGCAUCUUUGACUGCAUCCCUGAAGCGUAGGGCAGAGCAUUCCAGGGCGAUGCUCUGCCAUACUUUUCAAGGACGCAGCUGGAAGACCAGAUGAAUUAACACAGGAGUGUGACCAUUUGGGGAGAAUUGAUCUCCUUUAGGAGAUGAAUUACGGAGACCGCUAAUCCGAGCAGAGAUAGACCACGAGGUGGAACUGCAGAACUGGAAUCCCAUGCCUUUACCUGACGCAUCUGAUUCAGCCUUCAACAAAAUUAUCGCUGAAACCGGAGCUCUGGAUGGGAUCAAAGUGGUCGAGACCAGUGCGCAUUCAGCAAGACACUUGGUUUAUGACAUGUGUUGAGCUUAUUCAGGUUCAGGAGACUGAGGUUGGUCCGCUUAUUCAGGUUCAGGAGACUGAGGUUGAGGAGACUGCAACUAGCGCGCAUUCAGCGGCAGGUUGCACUUGCAGUUGCAACUAGCAUUCUUCCUGAGGUUGCACUUGCAACUUACUAGCAUUCAGCGAGACAUUGACAUUUGCAUGCAGUUUAUAGAACGAAGCAUGCAAAUGUCUCGCUCAGCAUUAUUUAUUAUUAAUGAUGUGCUGAGCGAGACAUUUGCAUUCAUUAUCACGAGCAGGCUUGCUCUCCUAGUGAGCAGGUGCAAGAAGAUGGAAAGGCCUUACUACCCCCGACAAGAAGACUUAAGGAGCCUCCAUUUUCUUAUCUUCUAACACCCAUUUGCGUACGAGCGCACCAUGGGCCUCACGCCGGAACCACUGCAAACCUACUUCGAUGAAAAAAUGAUUCAGAAGUAUUUCUAUUUUUUUUUGUAAGGUCCUACAACGUAGGUACUAGCAAGAGAGGGAGGCAAGCACUCAGUUGUCACGUUUGAUGUUUAACUGGAUGUUCUUCGAUAUUGUUCUUGUUUUUGCUCCUCUUUGAGGACGAGCUCCCUCGAUGAUGUGAAGGAUCCAUAGCCAAUUGCAACCUCGUCGCAACUACAGGAAAGACCUCGGGAAGGAUCUCACGGAGUUAAGGCAUCGAUCUGAAGAACAUUGUCGUUGGUUAUCUGACAAACAUUGUUGUUGGUUUAAUAUUUCUUGCUUUAACUGUUAGAGAGAGUAGGAAUCUAUGCAUUCACGAUAAUAAUAAUAAUAAUUAGAGGAGGUACUCGUCUCAAACGCCAGUAUAUUACACAUGACUGAAUGUAAUGUGAAUGGGAGACAUUAUUCAGGAUAUUAGUCUUCUACUAGUGGCACUCAAUCUGGGUGGUAACACAGUUUUCAUUGCCGCAUUCCUUUACAGGAUCACUCAUAUAUCUGAAAAAAGAACUACAAAGCACUAAUGGUUGUUCCUAACAUAGUCUAAAGUUGAGUAGACGAUCUACUCAACAUUUCACUGCAACUAGGGACUAACUAGAACCAGGAGACACGUUAUUUUUGUGCAAGUAGGACGAGGAUGAAGAAUUUCUACAAGGGCUUACUACGCUCCUAGGACUUAUGUAGUACAAACAGAAGGAAAACAUACUUAGUAGAGUAAAUUCGGGUACUACAUCGAAGUAGCCUUUGUUCUAGAUGAAAAUUUUCUUCUAAUGAUAGAUGGAAAGAAAGAACUAGACAGCCUGAAGGUGUGGGAUGAUGCUGCCGCUAGGACCCUUUUGGAGACCAACACAGGAUCGACAAGUCCACGAGGAGGAGGAGGAGGAGCAUCUGGCGUCAUGGACCAACGGCCUUCAAGCGGAGCAACGGCGUUC